AUGACAAGGUGCUGGACCUCCAGAACGGCCUUGAAGCCCACCAUGGCGAGUUCCGUGGUGCGCCAUUAUGGAUGCUGGCCACAGUCAGCCCGUCGUCCAUCACGUCUCAACCUGCCGGCCCGAUCUUUCGGAGCUCAUCCCGUCCGGCAAAUCAAGUCAACCUCAACGGAGACCAGUCGACAGUCACCGUGCUGCAACAAGAAGCAACAGGCCCAGGUCAUUCUUCCCGGUGUAUUAUCCCGCGAAUUCUGGACUUCACGGACAACCUGGCGUCGCUCAAGCGUCAAUACAUUGCGGUGCCUUGUGGGUUGCACCCUUGGCGACUUUUCGGCAAUGUGGUACCUCCAAGCCUUCCAUCCUCAGAUGGGAGUAGAGACUGUGAUGGCAAUCUCUAUGGCCUGCGGACUUUCUACGUCCCUUUUGCUGGAGACUGUCCUCCUCCGGUUGGGUCGUGAUCGCUUGCCCUGGCUGGUCGCCGCCAAGACUGCGGCGGGGAUGAGCAUGAUAUCCAUGAUCACGAUGGAAGCAGCCGAGAAUGCUGUAGACUAUCACAUGACUGGCGGAAACAUCCAGCUCGAUGACCCUGCGUUCUGGCUGGCUGCUCUAUUAUCUAUGGCCGCUGGCUAUCUCACACCUCUUCCUUACAAUUAUCACAGGCUUAGGAAGUUCGGCAAGGCAUGUCAUUAG